AGGGCGCGUUCACACGCCCGGCAGCCGUUUCCUCGGCACGGGUGGCCCCGCGGGGCUCCUCCCUGCGCCGGGCAGGGCUCCUCCCGGGACGGACGAGGAAGAGGAGGAGGAAGGAGGAGGCGAGAAGGCGAGCGGGGAGCCAGGCAGCCGGCCAGCCCGCGAAGCGCACCGGGGCGCGCCUUCUCCGCGCAUCUGGCACCCGACGGCCGGAGGGCAGAGAGAGGGGGAUGAAAAGAUGAGGUUUACGGCCUUUCGGGGGCUGCAGGAGCAUUGGAAAGUCCUGCCCAGGGCCUGCAGAGUUUUCGGCAUCAGCAACCCCACACCGACAGCGUGCAGUGACAAGUCUUGGAAGAAGGGGGCUUUCUUUGGGGGCCAAUAUUCACUCCACACCAAUCCCGUAGGGAUUCGCAGACGUUCCUCCGAGGCCACAGCCGAUGUCCUGGGAUCCCAGGGAAGGAGCUUCUCUCUGGACGAAUCUCGGCGCCUCCGGGAAGGGCUACAGAAUGAAGAGGCAGGAUCCCGGAGAAGUCCAGGAGCCCAAUCCAACGGUGGUGAGAAAGCCAUGGCUCUCUACAAAGUCCAAGUGGCCACCGGAAGAUUUUGGGGUUCUGGGACCUUCGACGCCAUCUCCAUCAGCCUGGUGGGCUCGGAGGGCGAGAGCCCCAAGCAGCCAUUGAACAACGUGGGGAAAGACUUCGUCCCGGGCGCGGUGGACGAGUACAAGGUGCCGAGCGAUCGAGACCUCGGCCCGCUCCUGCUGGUCCGUCUUCACAAAGAGCCGUACUAUUUUUUCCCCGAAGACAGCUGGUUCUGCGAUUUUGUCCAGCUGACCACCCCGCAGGGCCAGACCUACUACUUCCCUUGCUACCAGUGGAUCGAGGGCUACCGGACCCUGGAGUUGCGCGAGGGAACAGGUAAACUGGUUUGCGAUGAUGCUGGGAGCUCGUUGCUCUUGCAACAUCGGGCAGAAGAAUCGAAGGCCAGACGAGAGGCUUAUAGGUGGGCCGAGUUUGCACCGGGGGUGCCUCGUUGCCUGGCGGUGGAGAGCAUCCAGGAGAUGGACACCAACAUCAAGUUCUCCCUCACCAAAAUCAGCAGAUUCAUGCUGCGCUCGAACCUCACGAGACUGGAGAUCAAACUCAAGGGGUUCAUGACGUGCCACAAGUCUUGGCAAAAGCUGGAAGACAUCCGGAAGGUUUUCUGGUUCAACAGGACCCCUGUUUCAGAGUACGUUGCCGACCACUGGCAGGAAGACGCCUUCUUCGGCUACCAGUAUCUGAACGGCGUCAACCCGGUGGUCAUUGAGAAAUGCACGGAGAUCCCAGCCCACUUCCCGGUGACCCAGGAGAUGGUCGCUGGGUCCCUCGGCGAAUCCACCACCCUACACAAGGAAGUGCAGAAGGGGAAUGUGUUCAUUGUCGAUUACAAGAUCCUCAAAGACAUCCCAACCAACACAAUCGAUGGCCAGGUGCAGUACAUGACAGCCCCGCUCUGCCUUUUCUACCAGACGCCUUCCAGGGAUCUCGUCCCCAUUGCUAUCCAGCUCAGCCAAACACCUGGGCCGGACAGCCCCAUCUUCCUUCCUAGCGACCCCUUGUGGGACUGGACCCUGGCGAAGAUGUGGGUGCGGAACGCGGACUUCCACGUCCACCAGAACCUCUCCCACCUCCUCCGGACUCACCUGAUGGCCGAAGUCUUUGCCAUGGUCACGCUCCGGCAGCUCCCCAUGUGCCACCCGCUCUUCAAGCUUCUCAUUCCCCACCUGCGAUACACCCUCCAGAUCAAUACUUUAGCCAGAGUCAGGCUCAUCAAGGAAGGUGGCAUGAUGGAUCAGGCCACCUCUGCCGGCUACGAAGGCAUCGUGCCCCUGUUGAAGAAGGGGACUUCCAUGCUUACCUACGCCUCCCUCUGCCUCCCGGAAGACAUUGAGGCUCGGGGAGUCUCCACCGUUGCAAACUACUACUACCGGGACGAUGCCCUGAAGAUAUGGGCCGCCAUAGAGAGCUUUGUCGGUGGCCUGGUCAGGUUCUACUAUCAGAACAACAAGCAGGUCCAGAGUGAUCCAGAGCUCCAGGCCUGGAUUCACGAGAUCUUCACAGAAGCUUUCCUAAGCAGGAAGACGUCGGGCGCACCUUCGUCUCUGGAAACCGUGGAGGAGCUGAUCAAGUUUCUAACCAUGGUGAUUUUCACCUGUUCGGCUCAACACGCCGCGGUCAACAGCGGACAGUUCGACUUUGGGGCAUGGAUCCCCAACAUUCCCCCAACUAUGAGGAGACCUCCACCCACUGUGAAGGGCACGGCGACCUUGGAAAGCAUCCUCGAGACCAUCCCUCAGGUCAACAUCACUUGCAUUGCCCUGAGUUCACUCUGGUUGCUUAGCAACGAGGUGGGAGACCGGAGACCCCUGGGAUAUUUUCCGGAUCAACACUUCUCGGAGGACGAGCCCAAACGUCUCUGUGGGGUAUUCCAGAAUCACUUGGCGGAGAUUUCCGAGGGAAUUCAGCAACGCAACAAAUCCUUACCUCUCCCGUACGAAUAUCUCAGUCCCCCCAUGGUUGAGAAUAGUGUCGCUAUUUAGGUCCGACCAGGAGCGAAGCUGCCAGCUCCGAGAUCCAUUUCUGGUCCAUCCUAAAACACGCAACUGUAGGCCAACUCAAGAAGCGAUGUUCUUCUCAACCAAUUCUUCGGGAUGUAAAAUGAGGCGUCGCAAGAUUCUGCACGAGUGUCUUCAGACCAGAGGCAGAGAUUGAGGUGAAAAGCUCUUCAGCCUUGAAACCUAAGGAUGGAUAACUGACACCCCCCCUUUCUCUCAGAGCCUAAUUUCCAAAGUUUCCGGGACAAAUUCAAAGUGUUCGUAUUGACAUACGAAGCCCUAAAACUGUCGGAACAUCCCUCCCAAAGAACGGCUACCCGUAUCACCUGUUCUUCACAGGCUUUGCUGCUAUGGGUGCUUACACCAAAGGAGACCCAGAAGGUGUGAACGAGAAACUGGGCCUUCUCAGUGGUGGCUCCGUCUUGGCGAAAUUUGCCUGAAUUUCGCAGGGCCCCGCUCCCUCAAGUCC